CUGAUUCUGGAGCCUGCCGGGAUGGGGCCUCUGAGGCCCAGCCCAGGGCCUGGGGGGCAGCAGUUGCUGCUGCCCCCCUUACUGCUGGCACUACUGCUCCUGUUGGCUCCAUCUGCAAGCCAUACCACCCAGGUGUUAUACAAGGUACCAGAGGAACAGCCGCCCAACACCCUCAUUGGGAGCCUUGCCGCUGACUACGGUUUUCCAGACGUGGGCCAUCUGUAUAAACUCGAGGUAGGUGCUCCAUACCUGAGAGUGGAUGGCAAGACCGGUGACAUUUUCACCACCGAGACCUCCAUUGACCGAGAGGGGCUCCGUGAGUGCCAGAACCAGAUCCCUGGGAACCCCUGUAUCCUGGAGUUUGAGGUGUCUAUCACGGACCUCGUGCAGAAUGGCAGCCCCCGGCUGCUAGAGGGCCAGAUAGAGGUGCAGGACAUCAACGACAACACACCCAACUUUGCCUCGCCGGUCAUCACCCUGGCCAUCCCUGAGAACACCAACAUCGGCUCGCUCUUCCCCAUCCCACUGGCCACAGACCGUGAUGCUGGCCCCAACGGUGUGGCAUCCUAUGAGCUGCAGGCUGGGCCUGAGGCCCAGGAGCUAUUUGGACUGCAGGUGGCCGAGGACCAGGAAGAGAAGCAGCCACAGCUCAUUGUCAUGGGCAACCUGGACCGUGAGCGUUGGGACUCCUACGACCUCACCAUCAAGGUUCAGGAUGGCGGCAACCCUCCACGCGCCAGCAGUGCCCUGCUGCGGGUCACCGUUCUUGACACAAAUGACAACGCUCCCAAGUUCGAGCGGCCGUCCUACGAAGCGGAGUUGUCUGAGAACAGCCCCAUUGGCCACUCGGUCAUCCAGGUGAAAGCCAAUGACUCGGACCAAGGUGCCAAUGCAGAGAUUGACUAUACCUUCCACCAGGCUCCUGAAGUUGUCAGGCGUCUUUUGCGACUAGACAGAAACACUGGACUCAUCACCGUUCAGGGUCCCGUGGACCGUGAGGAUCUCAGCACCCUGCGUUUCUCCGUGCUCGCCAAGGACCGAGGCGCCAACCCGAAGAGUGCCCGUGCCCAGGUAGCUGUGACUGUGAAGGACAUGAACGACAAUGCCCCCACCAUUGAGAUCCGAGGCAUAGGGCUCGUGACUCACCAAGAUGGGAUGGCUAAUAUAUCCGAGGACGUGGCCGAGGAGACCGCUGUGGCCUUGGUGCAGGUGUCUGAUCGAGACGAGGGAGAGAACGCAGCGGUCACCUGUGUGGUAGCAGGUGAUGUGCCCUUCCAGCUCCGCCAGGCCAGUGAGACCGGCAGUGACAGCAAGAAAAAGUACUUCCUGCAGACCACCACCCCUCUCGACUAUGAGAAAGUCAGAGACUAUACCAUCGAGAUCGUGGCUGUGGACUCCGGCAACCCCCCACUCUCUAGCACCAACUCCCUCAAGGUCCAGGUGGUGGAUGUCAACGACAACGCCCCUGUCUUCACCCAGAGCAUCACUGAAGUCGCCUUCCCAGAAAACAACAAACCUGGGGAAGUGGUGGCCGAGGUCACCGCCAGUGAUGCCGACUCCGGUUCUAAUGCCGAGCUGGUCUAUUCUCUGGAACCUGAGCCAGCCGCCCAAGGCCUCUUCACGAUCUCACCCGAGAAUGGAGAGAUCCGGGUGAAGACAUCCCUGGACCGGGAACAGAGAGACAGCUAUGAGCUGAAGGUGGUGGCGGCUGACCGGGGCAGUCCCAGCCUUCAGGGUACAGCCACGGUCCUCGUCAACGUGCUUGACUGUAACGACAAUGACCCCAAAUUCAUGCUGAGCGGCUACAACUUCUCAGUGAUGGAGAACAUGCCAGCGCUGAGUCCAGUGGGCAUGGUGACCGUCAUCGAUGGAGACAAGGGGGAGAAUGCCCGCGUACAGCUCUCGGUAGAGCAGGACAAUGGUGACUUUGUUAUCCAGAACGGCACAGGCACCAUCUUAUCCAGUUUGAGCUUCGACAGGGAGCAGCAGAGUACCUAUACCUUCCAACUGAAGGCCGUAGACGGUGGCGUCCCCCCUCGCUCGGCGUAUGUCGGGGUCACCAUCAAUGUGUUGGAUGAGAAUGACAAUGCACCCUUUAUCACCGCCCCCUCCAACACAUCUCACCGGCUGCUGACCCCGCAGACGCGUCUUGGUGAGACAGUCAGUCAGGUGACGGCGGAGGACAUUGACUCUGGCGUCAACGCUGAGCUGACCUAUAGCAUCGCUGGGGGCAACCCCUACGGACUCUUCCAGAUCGGGUCACAUUCAGGUGCCAUCACCCUGGAGAAGGAGAUUGAACGGCGCCACCACGGCUUGCACCGCCUGGUGGUGAAGGUCAGUGACCGCGGCAAGCCCCCGCGCUAUGGCACGGCCUUGGUCCACCUCUACGUCAAUGAGACCUUAGCCAACCGCACACUGCUGGAGACCCUCCUGGUCCACAGCCUGGACACACCAUUGGAUAUUGACAUUGCCGGGGAUCCGGAAUACGAGCGUUCCAAGCAGCGUGGCAACAUUCUCUUUGGUGUCGUAGCCGGUGUGGUGGCCGUGGCCUUACUCAUCGCCCUGGCGGUGCUCGUGCGCUACUGCCGGCAGCGGGAGGCCAAGAGUGGCUAUCAGGCUGGCAAGAAGGAGACGAAGGACCUGUAUGCCCCCAAGCCCAGCGGCAAGGCUGCUAAAGGAAACAAGAGCAAGGGGAAGAAGAGCAAGUCCCCGAAGCCUGUGAAGCCGGUGGAGGACGAGGAUGAGGCUGGGCUGCAGAAGUCCCUCAAGUUCAACCUAAUGAGCGACGCCCCGGGGGACAGUCCCCGAAUCCACCUGCCCCUCAACUACCCACCAGGCAGCCCCGACUUAGGCCGCCAUUAUCGCUCCAACUCCCCACUGCCUUCCAUCCAGCUGCAACCCCAGUCACCCUCGGCCUCCAAGAAGCACCAGGUGGUGCAGGACCUGCCGCCCGCAAACACAUUUGUGGGCACCGGGGAUACCACGUCCACGGGCUCCGAGCAGUACUCCGACUACAGCUAUCGCACCAACCCCCCCAAAUACCCCAGCAAGCAGUUACCUCACCGCCGUGUGACCUUCUCGGCCACCAGCCAGGCCCAGGAGCUGCAGGACCCGUCACAGCACAGUUACUAUGAUAGUGGCCUGGAAGAGUCCGAAACACCAUCUAGCAAGUCAUCCUCAGGGCCCCGACUUGGUCCCCUGGCCCUACCUGAGGACCACUAUGAGCGCACCACCCCUGAUGGCAGCAUAGGUGAAAUGGAGCACCCCGAGAAUGACCUCCGCCCUUUGCCCGAUGUCGCCAUGACGGGCACAUGUACCCGGGAGUGCAGCGAGUUUGGUCACUCUGACACAUGCUGGAUGCCUGGCCAGUCGUCUCCCAGCCGCCGGACCAAGAGCAGCGCCCUCAAACUCUCCACCUUCGUGCCUUACCAGGACCGAGGAGGGCAGGAGCCUGCGGGCGCCGGCAGCCCCAGCCCCCCGGAAGACCGGAACACCAAAACGGCCCCCGUGCGCCUCCUGCCCUCCUACAGUGCCUUCUCCCACAGUAGCCAUGACUCCUGCAAGGACUCGGCCACCUUGGAGGAAAUUCCCCUGACCCAGACGUCGGACUUCCCACCCACAGCCACACCGGCAUCUGCCCAGACCGCCGCCAAGCGUGAGAUCUACCUGUGAGCCCCCUUCUGGCCGGCGGCCACCCCUCCCCCCAGUCGCCGGCCAGCUCCCAACUGGGUCUCUUCCUGGGCCCCACUCAAUCCCUCCAGCGUGGACUCUGUGGCCAGGACCCGAUCCACGGGAGUACUGGCUUCAAGACCACGUUGGCCCUCGCCCCCAUGCAGGGUCCAGGUCCUUUCCCCCCAAUCCUACCCGUUAGCUCCAAGGAGCCCCUUCAUCCCCCUCUCUGGGGCUCCACCCAGAGGAUGCCCAUGAGGGCUCCUCUGCAAUGACUGGGCUCCCUUCCAUCUACUUCUAGGGAGCACCCCCUUGCUUUGGGCAGAUGGUGGAGUCAAGAGUGGGCAGCACACUUUUUAAGUCAUUGUUUCCUUCAUGGCUGACCAGGGCGGUGUAGCCUUGCAGCUGGGUAAACUGGGGGACGUACUCCCUGGGAAUGCUCCAAGGAAACGCUCCACCACCAGGGGCUCUCUGAAGGGCUGUUGUUACCAAAGGUGGGGUGGGGAUUGGGGUGAGAGUGUUGUGAAGACCUCUUCUUCCAGCACCGCUCCUGGGCUGGCCCACCUGCUCACAGGCUCACGCCUGAUCCCAUCUGGGCACCCCCUUCCCCGCUGGUCUUGCGGCGUCUGUAUAUAAGGACCUUGGAAUGAUGUCCCCAUUUCUGCCUGAUUUGCAACUUUUCUCGUUGAUGUUGUGUUGUCUUGGGGGACCCCUCUAGGGGGGACCUGCCCUGUGCCCCUCUCUUCCCUGCCGCAGUGCCCCCCACCCCAGGCCUCUAUUGUUCCAUGUUGUAAAUACCCCUGGGGCCAUGGUGGGA